AUGGCUAUAUUGGUCUUGGUAGCUUUCAAAUUGUUGAAUACUGAACUUGGUGGCUUUCGGAGGACUGAGUUAUUGGCUUGGUGGCUUAAGGAAGUAGAAGAUGAUGGAUUAUUCGAUACCGAGGAUAAUGUUGAAGAUUCGGAUCAGAGUGAUGAUUUGGCGGCAGGUCUUCAUGAUGCUAUUGGUAGUAAGUAUUUUGACAUUGGUCCAACUAGUGACUUCAAUGAUGAAUCUCCACUUAAUGUGGAUGACAAGUAUGAUGCAUUUUUUGAGUCACUUCAUAAGCCUUUGUACAAUAAUUUUAAAGGUUUCUCUGUCUUAAGCGCGACGGUGAAGUUGAUGAAUCUCAAAGUGCUUAACAAAUGGACAGAUAAAUCAUUCAACGGUCUUUUGGAGUGUUUGAGAGAGAUAUUGCCUGAGGGUAAUCAGUGCCCAGGGAAUUAUUACCAGACGAGGAAGCUUCUUUGUGAAGUGGGCUUAGGCUAUGAGCAAAUUGAUGUUUGUCAAUACGAUUGUGCAUUGUUUUAUGGUGAGAAUGCAAAUGCAGUGUCAUGUCCUGUACGAAAAAAUGAAGCUGGGAUUUUACGUCAUCCUGCUGAUGAGGAUGCUUGGAAGCAUUUCAACAAUGUUUAUCCUGACUUUGCAGCUGAUUCUAGGAGUGUACGAAUGGGGUUGGCGUCAGAUGGGUUUAACCCUUUCUCUAAUAUGACAUCAACCUAUAGUUUGUGGCCAAUGAUAUUAAUUCCGUACAAUAUGCCACCUUGGGCUUCUCCUAAUGGAACAAACUAUCUCAUGUCUUUGUUAAUUCCAGGUCCUAAAUCUCCUGGAAAAGAUUACGAUGUGUUCUUGAUGCCAUUAAUUGAAGAGCUUAAAGAGUUAUGGGAUGGAGUCAAUGCAUAUGAUUUGUAUGGUCAAUGCAUGUUUAAACUUCGAGCUGCAGUCUUGUGGACAAUUAGUGAUUUUCCUGCUUAUGCAUACUUGUCUGGGUGGAGCACUGCUGGUAAAUUAGCAUGUCCUGUUUGUCUUGAAGAUACAAGAUCUAGAAGAAUAACUGACAAACAAUGUUUCAUGGGACAUCGAUGUUAUUUGAAAAGAAACCAUUCUUGGAGAAAAAGUAAAGAAUAUGAUGGAUCUACUGAAUUACGUGGCCCUCCUAGAACUUUUACUGGUGAUGACAUUUUAAAGCAAUUGGAUGAAAUUCCUAUUCAUACCCCUGGUAAAGCACCAAGUAAUUCUUCAAGAAAACGUAAGCGUGGAGAGAAAAAGCUGAAUUGGUGUAAAAGAAGUGUUUUGUUUGAAUUGCCAUACUGGUCAAAGCUCUUGUUGCGUCACAAUCUUGAUGUGAUUCAUAUAGAGAAAAAUGUAUGUGAUAACAUUAUUGGAACACUUUUAGACAUUGAAGGUAAAUCGAAUGACACUUUAAAAGCUCGUAAGGAUUUAAAAAAUCUUAAUAUUCGUGAAGAGCUUUGGCUGAAGAAGGACCCAUCUAAUAACAAGCUUGAAAAACCUUAUGCUAGUUACACUUUGAUGAGAGAAGAAUGCAAAGAUUUUUGUAAAUUCAUUCAAAGUGUUAGAUUACCAGAUGGAUAUGCUUCGAAUAUUAGUCGAUGUGUAACAGAUAAUGACAAACUAGGAGGAAUGAAAACUCAUGAUUGUCAUGUUUUACUUCAUAAGAUAUUUCCAGCUGCAUUACUUCCUUUUUUGACAGACAACAUUCGUGGUACUUUGAUUGAACUCUGCCAAUUCUUUCAAAAAAUUUGUGCAAAAACAUUACAAAUUUCUGACAUAGAAGAAUUGAGAGAUGGAAUUGUAAUAAUUUUGUGCAAGUUGGAAAAGAUAUUUCCACCAUCAUUUUUUACCAUAAUGGUUCAUCUUUGUGUUCACCUACCCGAUCAAGUGUUAUUAGGUGGUCCAGUUGCUUCGAGAUGGAUGUUUGGGAUAGAACUCCAUAUGGGUUUGUACAAGAAAUAUGUGAGAAACAUGUCUCGGCCUGAUGAUUCAAUAGCAGAAGCUUUUGUUGUAGAUGAAGCUGUAACUUUCUUGUCAAGAUAUGUUUCUAACAUAGAGACAAGAUUCACAAGACCCGAGCGUAAUUGGGAUAUACCUUCUCCAAAUCAUAAGUUAGAUGUUUUCAACUCCAAUGUUCGUCCAUUAGGGGCAUCUACUAUCAAAUUGCUUCAAAAUUGGAGACAAGUUGUUCAAUGUGAUCAUAUAAAGUUUUUGGAAGAAAAAUGUCUUUCAGAUUCAGAAGUUGCCUUAGAGCACAAAGAACAAUUUCCUUCUUGGUUUAAGAAUAAAGUGUCUCAAAUGCGAGUUCAAAAAUCACCUCUUGCCAAUGAUGAUUUGUACUCUUUAUCUCAAGGUCCACUUGAACAGUACAACACCUACCAAAGUUGUGAUCAUGACAAUAUUAAUAUCCUAUAUUAUGGUGUCUUGAUUGAGAUUUUGCAGUUGUCAUUCGUUUUAGAUCGAAAGGUGUUCUUAUUUCGUUGCAAGUGGUAUAACUCUAAUCCAAAAGGUAGAUCAAUUGUUGUGGAUCAUAAUUUUACUUCCAUCAAUACAUCUACUGAUUGGUAUUCUAAUGAACCAUUUAUCUUGGCAACUCAAGCACAACAAGUUUUCUAUUUGCUUGAUAUGAAGUGUGGUUCAAAUUGGCGGAUUGUUCAAAAAGUAAAUCAUCGAUAUAUUUAUGACAUUCCUGAAAUUAUGGAAGAGACAGUAAAUAAUGAUGUGUUUCAAGAAGAAGAAUCAUUUCAAUUGCCACCUUUUCAACCAACUGAGGAUUUCAUUGAAAGUUCGUCUUUAGUUCGAUUAGAUUUUCCUUCUAUAACUCUUUCAGACCAACUUGUUGUUGAUUUAUUUUUAAACCAAAGUCAAAAUGUUGACAAGGAUAGUGACUUAGACGAAGAUUUUGAUGAAGGAAAUAUAUUCUCUAAUAAUGAAACAUUUCUCUCAAGUGAUGACACCAAAAGUUAUACAGAAUCUAAAUGUGAUGAUGAUGCAGAUUCUUAA